CCGGGAUGCCGGUGGCGAGGGAAGGAAAGAGGAGCCUCGAAAAGCUUGGAGGCAAAAUUGCGCUUGGGUUCCCGGUCCUUGCAUCUCUCCGGCUUUGAGUGCGGGAGAACACUUUUUAAAAGACUCACCUUGGAAAGAAGGCCUCCGUCUCAGGAGAGAAGGAGAGGCGUCUGCAGGGGGCAGGGACCGCUGCUACUUGCCGGGUGCGCCCCCCACCCCAGAAGCGCUUGCUUUGCCCUCCCCCUCCUCCCCCGCCCCCACCUCCUUAUUGGUGCUAGUUUGCAGCGCCCAGCUCCUGCGCCUUCGCUUCCCGUUUGAAUCUGGCUCGCCCCUCCGUAUUAUGUCUGCACUCCGAAGGAAAUUUGGGGACGAUUACCAGGUAGUGACCACCUCGUCCAGCGGCUCGGGCUUGCAGCCCCAGGGGCCGGGCCAGGACCCGCAGCAGCAGCAGCUUGUGCCCAAGAAGAAGCGGCAGAGGUUCGUGGACAAGAACGGCCGGUGCAAUGUUCAGCACGGCAACCUGGGCAGCGAGACCAGCCGCUACCUCUCGGACCUCUUCACCACGCUGGUGGACCUCAAGUGGCGCUGGAACCUCUUCAUCUUCAUUCUCACCUACACGGUGGCCUGGCUCUUCAUGGCGUCCAUGUGGUGGGUGAUCGCCUACACUCGGGGCGACCUGAACAAAGCCCACGUCGGCAACUACACGCCCUGCGUGGCCAAUGUCUAUAACUUCCCCUCCGCCUUCCUCUUCUUCAUCGAGACCGAGGCCACUAUCGGCUAUGGCUACCGAUACAUCACCGACAAGUGCCCCGAGGGCAUCAUCCUCUUCCUCUUUCAGUCCAUCCUGGGCUCCAUCGUGGACGCCUUCCUCAUCGGCUGCAUGUUCAUCAAGAUGUCCCAGCCCAAGAAGCGCGCCGAGACCCUCAUGUUUAGCGAGCACGCGGUGAUCUCCAUGAGGGACGGAAAACUCACGCUCAUGUUCCGGGUGGGCAACCUGCGCAACAGCCACAUGGUCUCUGCGCAGAUCCGCUGCAAGCUGCUCAAAUCUCGGCAGACACCUGAGGGUGAGUUCCUUCCCCUUGACCAACUUGAACUGGAUGUAGGUUUUAGUACAGGGGCAGAUCAACUUUUUCUUGUGUCCCCCCUCACAAUUUGCCACGUGAUCGAUGCCAAAAGCCCCUUUUAUGACCUAUCCCAGCGAAGCAUGCAAACUGAACAGUUCGAGAUUGUCGUCAUCCUAGAAGGCAUUGUGGAAACAACUGGGAUGACUUGUCAAGCUCGAACAUCGUACACUGAAGAUGAAGUUCUUUGGGGUCAUCGGUUUUUUCCUGUAAUUUCCUUAGAAGAAGGAUUCUUUAAAGUUGAUUACUCCCAGUUUCAUGCAACAUUUGAAGUUCCUACCCCACCGUACAGUGUGAAAGAACAGGAGGAAAUGCUUCUCAUGUCAUCUCCCUUAAUAGCACCAGCCAUAGCUAACAGCAAAGAAAGACAUAAUUCUGUGGAAUGCUUAGAUGGGCUAGAUGACAUUAGUAAAAAACUUCCAUCUAAACUGCAGAAAAUUACUGGAAGAGAAGACUUUCCCAAAAAACUCUUGAGGAUGAGUUCUACAACUUCAGAAAAAGCAUAUAGCUUAGGAGAUUUGCCCAUGAAACUUCAGCGAAUAAGUUCAGUUCCUGGCAACUCAGAAGAAAAACUGGUAUCUAAAACCACUAAGAUGUUAUCUGAUCCCAUGAGCCAGUCUGUGGCUGAUUUGCCACCAAAGCUUCAAAAGAUGGCUGGAGGAGCAGCUAGGAUGGAAGGGAAUCUUCCAGCCAAAUUAAGAAAAAUGAACUCUGAUCGCUUCACAUAACAAAACACCCCCUUAGGCAUCAUUUAAUGUUUUAUUAAGUAAUAGUCCAAUAUUUGGCUGACAAGGUAAUCCUCCCUAAGGAAUCUGAAAGGUUUAUUUUCCUCCCGUUCCUAUAAGCAUAUUUGAGAACUUUUUCUUAUCAAGUAUUGCUAAUAGGCAGAAAGCAAAGUUAUGAAGGGGAGAUAUCAUAAGGAAGUUAUUAAUGGGCAUGUAUUAUCACAUCAAGCAUGCAAUAAUGUGCAAAUUUUGCAUUUAGUUUUAUGGCAUGAUUUAUAUAUGGCAUAUUUAUAUUGUAUAUUCUGAAAAUAUAUAUAUAUAUAUAUUUAAAGAGGAGGUAUUCUCUCCAACAUUUCUAACAUAUGUAUUAAGCCAAACAUGAGUGAAUAGCUUUCAGGGCGAUAAAAACUACAUAUAUGUGUGUGUAUGUGUGUAUGUAUACAUACAUAUACAUAUAUACAUACACAUACAUACAUACAUAUAUAUCUUAUAAAAUUGUGCUGUUUUGUUCAAAGUUGUAGUUCUUGUGCAUGUUUACUUUAUUAGACUAGGAAGGCUACUGGCAUUAAUUAUUAAUACCAAAUAUUUUAGCCUUAAAUUAUUUGUCAUUUUAAAAUCUGAUUUAACAUGUUCUGCUGUUUAAGGUCUUGGGAGGUUUUCAAUUGUAUUUUAUAUAAGCGAGUCAAACAACUUUGUGUUACUUAUGGUCCCACAAAAAUAUAGCCAUUAUAUAUUUAACUUGUAAAUUUUAGAACAUACCAGUACAUGGUAUGUCACUGAAAAUUUCUUAUGAUUUAAAAACAUUGCUAGUACUGGGGAGAAAUAAAUGUUAAUUAAUUUGAGGAUUAGUUCUUUCUGGGCUAAUUAAAAUCUAGCGUUCUGUUUUACCUACAAUCUAAUACAAAUAUGAGCUCUGAACAAAUGCUGAAUCAUUGUAAUAGUCAGUAGCCAAGUUAUAUUGAAUCUAUCAGAAUCUGUGUGAAAUUACAUAAUUAAUGAUCCCUGUUUCAAACUGAGUCAAUUAGAAAGAUUUUCAUUCCUUUUCUGGAAAUUGUGUCCAUUUAAAAACCAAUCAUUUAUCUUUAGGAAGAUAUGACAAUGAAAUGAAGCAGAUGAUAAAUAUUUAUGCUUAAAAUAUGUAUGUCUAAUUGAGUCUCUUUAUUCUGUUUUCUUGUUUAUGGUAUUUGUUGUAACAGGAUAGACUUUUUCCUUACCUGGGGAACCUAUCUCAUGCCUGUCUCUCGUAAUUCAGGAAGAAUGUUUUGAACAAACUUGAGAGAAACCAAAAUGAGAUGAAUUGGAAAUAUCUUACACACAGUUUUUUUGGUGAACGCUGAUUUUAUUGGUGUCAUGGGUCCCUGGUUUACCCAAAUAAUUUUAACAGUACUGUUUUUUUUAACCCCAGAAUCUGAUAUUUAUGACUCAUUAGCAGGAUUGAAGUUAUUGAUCAGUAGAACAGUUUCAAAAUUAAGAUUUAGAAUGCAGAGAUUUUAAUGAAAAAUUAGAAAUGAUCAUUAUCAGAAUAUCAUGGGUUUUCUUAGAAAACGUCUUUGGGUUUUGCAAUCUAAGUCUGUUCAGAAUUAAAACACUUAUUAAUAUGUAAAUCAUUAUUUGCUGGUUUUACAAUCCUGUAAUGAUUUUAUUUUUGGCAAAUUAUUACAUCAACAAUUCUGUCAUUGACCUUAAUUAUACCUUCUGGCUACCUCUGAUUCAACCAAAUUCUGUAGGUGCAAACAUAUACCAGGGAAUUGUUACUGGCAAAAUGAUCAACCUUGAGCAUCCAUCCACUGUGAAUAGAAUGGGUUGUCCUACCCCUAGAUCAGCAAACUUCUUAUUUGCUGGCUAUAAUACUGACAGAAAGAGAAAGGGGUCCACAGGGCAUAGUAUACUUAGCAGUGGAAAAACUGCAUCGAUCAUUUAGUCCAACAACUUAAAACUAAGUAGAGCCAUAAUUUACUUUGGAGAGUCAUUUUAAUUUGUCUUUGGUACCAAGACAAAGAUGGAACCAAAAACAAACUCUCCAAAUGUAUACACACAUUCAACAAAAUUUCUGCAUGCCUUCUAUGUCAUGGGCAUUUUUUAGUUCCUGGGGAUUUGGAUGUGACUAAGUCAGAGGUGGUCACUGCUCACCAUAAACACUGCAUAUCAGAAGGAGAGCAUAGAGGAGACAGACAAAAAACAAAUAAGACAACUUCAGAUAGUCAAAAUAUAAAUUAAGAGAAUGAAAACAGUGUAACAUAAUGCACAAUGAUUGUGUGGAUUAAGAAUUGACUAUUUUAGAUGAUGUGAAUGACUUGGAUAGUGGGUAACAUUUGAACAGAAACCUGAAUGAUGAGAAAGAGUUUACUGUUGCCAAUUAACCUGAGUGAAUUAUCUUAUUUUAUCUUUUCCACAUGUUCGUGGGAAGGGUGUAAUUUCUGCAUGUAAUUGCAGUUUAACUCUUAUUUCUAGGUUGAUCAUAGAUCUCAGUUUACCCAGGAAAAUUCCAGUUUAUACCUGUUGUACCUGUGUAAUUAUUAGUAGCACUCCUUUUUACUCUUAUAAUGUCCUGGUUUGGAUCAUAUAUGGUAAAGUUUUUGUUGAAUCUAAAUUAUGAAGUCCGAUAUAUUUGGAUAAAAAUAAAGAAGUGCUUUUCUUCUCCUUUUGCUGAUUUUUUUUGACACUGAUCAUUCUAAGCAAAAUAAUCUCAGUUUCAUAUAUUUCAGCCUGAAGGGUUUCUUACUAAAGUUAUUUCAUGUAGCAUUUGUUCAAUAUAUACAUGACAUGUCUCUCAGCGAUGAAAAGUUAUGCAUUUUAUUGAAUGAAUUAAAAAUUCAACCUCUGCUAUUUCCAUUUCCGGAAGUUGUAACAGUUCAAAUUAAAGAAAGUAAAAGUCAAUUUAAGCCAAAAUAAUUUUCAGCCCACCAGUGUGGUGGCUAUUAGAAAGAAAAACAUCAUGUGAUCAUCGAACUAAAUAACUCUACUUAACAACUGGAAACCAGUCGCUUUUUAUAGCAUUUUCAUGGUAUAGCUCCUGUUAUAGUAAAAUAUUUCAUUCUAUUUAUCAAAAUGAUGUAAAUAAAAUAAAUGCAAUUAUUUUGAUAAUGCCUAUCUUCAAUUAAAAUAUUAUUUUCAGCAAUAUGUGAAUACACUUUUGUAAAUAUAUACAAAAUGAAAAAUAAGGAUAUUUUAUCAUUAAUUAUUUCUGAAAAAAUCUUUCUUCUUAGCUGUUUUAAAUUCAUUCAUUUAUGGCAUAAAAUAUUAUGAAAAGUAUUCAGUUGUAUCAGUGCUCCAAAGCCUAUUUGUCUGAAAAGAAUGGGCUCAAUGCAUUAUUUCUACUAGAAGAAGACUGCGGUCACAGGGAAGCUGACUUACUUUCUAUUUGUAUUUUAGGCAUUUCUGCCAUUCCAUACUAUAAAGAGGAUUCAGAUUGACUACACAGCGUAUCUGUGAGCUCUAUUUAAGAAUUUAUUAUUGAAUUACAUUGUACAUAUAUAAAUUAGUAUCAAGCUAAUGGCAUUUUCUGGCAUGCAACCUAUGAAUAUUUAAAUGUACAAGGUCAUUUAGCUUACAAAAAUAUAAACUCAUGUAUUCAAUACUACAAGUUCAAUUUUAUAAAAACUAUAUUAAACUUUUGAAACACGA